CAAUAGGACUGGAUGUUUUGUGUAGCAUGUCCGAUGUUUCCACAAUGACCAUACUUUGAUAAGGAAAUAUCGGCGAUAAAGUAGUCAACAAAACCAGGCAGCCAUGUUGUUUUUAAAAUUAGUUCAGUGAAAUGCAGCUGUGAAGAGGAGCGAUAAAAGAUGAUCUACCUAUUUUUUCUCCCACUUCUGCUAAAAAUUGGAGCCACCCAGAAUCCAUCGAACAUAACGGAAUGUUACUUCGAUUCCAAAUCCCCAACGCGAACCUUCCAUUCCCUAGUCGAGUAUCAAGGUUCAAAAAACAGUUUCAAGCUCCAUCAUCCGGGUUAUGAAGGAAACGUCGUUAAUUUUGAUUUCAAAGCCAUCGACACACUUCCCAAAAACUCCUUCAUAAGUUUCGAUUCAGAUUACAUCAUCAAGCUCAUUCUGGACCAUAAAGGAAUCCAAACCGUCGAUAUCGGAGCUUUCGCCGGUCUGUAUUGCCUCCACGAACUUGACUUGAGCUUCAACAACAUAUCUCGUUUGAUGGAAGGUUCUUUCGAGAAUUUGGAGAAUUUGAUCAAACUGAAUUUGAGCCACAAUCACCUGGGAGAUUUUCCUGAGAGCGGAUUGACGUUCUUCACUCUCAAGGGAUUGAGGGAUUUGAAUUUAGCCCACAACGAAAUAUCGAACUUGGAUAGGUACUCUUUCAUACCGCUGGAAAAGUUGGAGAGGUUGAAUCUCGGUUUCAACAGGAUAAUGCAUAUCAACGACGGACUUUUCUUUCACCUCAGCUUUCUUGAGGUUCUGGAACUGAAUAACAAUUACUUGUUUGAGGUGAGUCCGGAGAAUUGGAGGGGACUUAUCAGUCUGAAAAUAUUGAAUUUGGCUGAGAACUUUCUGAUCAGUUUUGACACCACCGAUAGCUUCAGCUUCGUACACUUGAACACCUUGAAUCUCAGCGGUAACUCUCUCAGGCAACUCAACGUGUUAGGCUUGAGGAAACAUCUACCAGAACUGGAGUUGUUGGAUAUCAGCGAGAACAACUGGUUUUGCGAGGACUUGGAAAUCGUCAAGCAUCAUCUGAAAGACUCCAGGAUAAGUCUGUCGAACUCCGUGAACUGUAGCGUUGUUAGAAAGACUUACGUGAAGUCUUUAACGACCGACUCUACUUCCACCAGGUCUUCGACUCCAACGCCCGUAAUGUCUACUCAGCGGGACUACGCCAAGGAGGUUUUCUUGCAGAACGGAGAAAUUCUGGUGGCCAAUAAGAAGUUGGAGGGUAGAGUCAACAACAUCGAAGCUCUGAUCGUUUGGUUGUUUGUGCUGUGCAUGUUAUUUAUCAUGUUGGAGAUGAUCUUUAGAAUGGGGUUGUUCAGGCGUUGUAGCAACUGGUGUUGCCCCGUGGUUUUGAGACAUAAUUAUUCAGAUUCGAGCGAUGCUGAAACCGUUCUGUUGAUGAGAGGGAUGAAUUCAGAUCCGUGAUAGAUUCAGUAACGGUUCAUGUAUCCAGCCAGGAAGGGAAGUCAUGUGAUAUGUGUAUGUGAUACAGAAAAAUUUUGAAAAUUCGAAAGGGAAUUCAAUGGACAAAUGGCUUAUUAUACCACGUUCACGUACUUUGAAGAUGAUCGAAAAUUGACGUGAAUUUCAACGUUCUGACUACAUACAGGGUGUUUCCUAAUUGCGUUGAAGAAAUGUAUAGGCAUGUUCAGGAGUUAAUUUCAUGAAAAAGGAUACAUUGUUUUCAAGAUACAGGGUGUUGAACUUUUCUAAAAAAAUAUCUUUGAAUGCAUGUCUUCAACUGAAGAAACUGCUAUGUUGUGAAACGCAUCUUUAGUAAAAUUCCUAGUCAAUAAUUAUUAUUGUGGAUAAUGUUAUCAAUUUUCAUCAAAUAACUGGUCAAUGUAUAUUAUAUACGAAGUCUGUUCGAAUGACAUGAAAACUAAGUAGUUACCGAACGUCUGCAGUUUCCUUGUAUGGCAUGGGCGGCGUGGUAUAAUUACGAGAUCCAUUAGAUGAGGCCCAGACCCGGUACAUUAGUCUUUUAUUUAGCGAUUGAAUUCGUAUAGACUAUAAUCAUAAUGAGAAAUAAUUGAUUAUAGUAUCGAUCAACUGUUGAAUAGUUGAUAUAUCAGGUGAUAUUCAAGUUUGGUUUUGAGUCGAGUAAAUUUAUUGCAUAAGUUUUUUCCACACCUCAGAAUUGUAACACUUAUACCAACUUUGUUGGUGUCAGCAGGAUAUGAUAUAAAGUUCGAACUAUCUUUCGAAGAUACCAACUAGGUUAGUGAAGAGCGCGUCGAGAAAAGUGUGUUACAGUUGUAGUGUGUGAAAAAAAUAUUCUUGUUGGAAACCAACGUUUGUUGAGGUUUUGGAUAGGUAUGAUUUUUUUUAACAAUGUAAGGAAUAUGAUAUUAACAAUGACACUUUUGUCUAUUGACAAAUUCAUUUGAACAGCAAAUCAAUGACUGCCAAAAUAUUGUGUUUUGCGAUGUGCGAAUGAAUGUCCAUUUAUAAUGAGAAAAAAUUUUUUUUGGACUUCGCCGAUACCACUUAUUCUUUUUAAGUUACUCAAUAUGACAUAUAGAACUAACUUUUUGCAAUAUGUUUGCCGACUCAAUAAAGAUGUGUAAUUCCAAAUGAUUGAAAUCCUCAUUUGCAGAAUGCUUUUUUUGUAUAUUUCAACAACUAUGCACUGACUAUUUUUUAUGUCACAAAAACAGAUAUUUCUACUAGUAUUUCAAAUUGAGGAUAGUCUUUUUGGAAUCGAUUGAAAUUCAUUUUAUGUACCUGUUACUUGCACUAAUAUUUUGUGUAAAUAAAUAGUACAAUCUGGAAA